GGGCGCUGGAAGCGUGCGGGCGCGGGAGCACUUUGCGAUAGGAUGAGGCUCCUGGCUGGCGCGCGGUAGUACUAUGAUUUGGUAUGUGGCCACUUUGAUAGCAAGUGUGAUCAGCACCCGGGGUCUUGCGGCUCAAGGUGCCCACGGCCUGCGUGAGGAGCCUGAGUUCGUGACAGCAAGGGCCGGCGAGGGCGUUGUCCUGAGAUGCGAUGUGAUUCACCCCGUGACGGGACAGCCCCCGCCCUAUGUCGUGGAGUGGUUCAAGUUUGGGGUGCCCAUCCCUAUCUUCAUCAAGUUUGGCUACUAUCCCCCCCAUGUGGACCCUGAGUAUGCAGGCCGGGCGAGUCUUCAUGACAAAGCAUCCCUGCGGCUGGAGCAGGUCCGCUCUGAGGACCAGGGCUGGUACGAAUGCAAAGUGCUCAUGUUGGACCAGCAGUAUGACACCUUUCACAAUGGCAGCUGGGUGCACCUCACCAUCAAUGCUCCUCCUACCUUUACAGAAACACCCCCCCAGUACAUCGAGGCCAAGGAGGGUGGCAGUGUCACCAUGACCUGUACGGCUUUCGGGAACCCUAAGCCCAUUGUCACCUGGCUUAAAGAGGGGACGCUUCUAGGUGCUAGCGGGAAAUACCAGGUGAGUGACGGCAGCCUGACAGUGACAUCAGUCAGCCGGGAGGACAGAGGGGCCUACACUUGCCGUGCAUACAGCAUCCAGGGGGAGGCAGUUCACACCACCCACCUGCUCGUCCAAGGGCCUCCCUUUAUCGUCUCUCCUCCUGAGAACAUCACUGUCAACAUCUCCCAGGAUGCUCUGCUCACCUGCCGAGCAGAGGCGUAUCCCGGCAACCUCACCUAUACCUGGUACUGGCAGGAUGAGAAUGUCUACUUCCAGAAUGAUCUGAAGCUGAGAGUGCGAAUUCUGAUUGAUGGGACCCUGAUCAUCUUCCGGGUGAAGCCGGAGGAUGCGGGGAAGUAUACCUGCGUACCGAGCAACAGCCUAGGGCGUUCCCCCUCUGCCUCUGCGUACCUCACCGUGCAGUACCCUGCCCGUGUGCUCAACAUGCCGCCAGUCAUUUACGUGCCGGUGGGAAUUCACGGCUACAUCCGCUGCCCUGUGGAUGCAGAGCCACCAGCCACCGUGGUCAAAUGGAACAAGGAUGGGCGCCCCCUGCAGGUCGAGAAGAACCUGGGCUGGACCCUGAUGGAAGACGGCUCCAUUCGCAUCGAGGAGGCCACAGAGGAGGCUCUUGGCACGUACACCUGUGUGCCUUACAACACCCUGGGGACCAUGGGCCAGUCGGCGCCUGCGCGGCUUGUCCUGAAGGAUCCCCCGUACUUUACGGUGCUACCAGGCUGGGAGUACAGGCAGGAGGCCGGCCGGGAGCUGCUCAUCCCCUGCGCUGCAGCCGGGGACCCUUUCCCCGUGAUCACAUGGAGAAAGGUAGGGAAGCCCAGCAGAAGCAAACACAACGCCUUGCCCAGUGGGAGCCUCCAGUUCCGAGCCCUGAGCAAGGAGGACCAUGGCGAGUGGGAGUGCAUUGCCACCAACGUGGUCACCAGCAUCACUGCCAGCACCCACCUGACCGUCAUCGGCACCAGCCCCCAUGCUCCGGGCAGUGUCCGAGUCCAGGUCUCCAUGACAACUGCCAACGUGUCCUGGGAGCCAGGCUAUGAUGGAGGAUAUGAGCAGACAUUCUCAGUUUGGUACGGACCUCUGAUGAAGCGGGCACAGUUUGGGCCCCAUGACUGGCUCUCUCUGCCUGUGCCCUUUGGACCCAACUGGCUGCUGGUGGAUGGCCUGGAGCCUGAGACUGCAUACCAGUUCAGCGUCCUGGCUCAGAACAAGCUGGGGACGAGCGCCUUCAGUGAAGUGGUCACUGUGAACACUUUAGCAUUCCCUAUCACAACUCCAGAACCCCUGGUGCUGGUUACCCCACCGAGGUGCCUCACAGCCAAUCGGACCCAGCAGGGUGUGCUCCUGUCUUGGCUGCCCCCUGCCAACCACAGCUUCCCCAUCGACCGCUACAUCAUGGAGUUCCGUGUGGGUGAGCGCUGGGAGACGUUGGACGAUGCCAUCCCGGGCACAGAUGGAGACUUUUUUGCCAAGGAUCUGUCCCAGGAUACCUGGUAUGAGUUCCGGGUUCUGGCCGUCAUGCAAGAUCUUAUCAGUGAGCCCAGCAACAUCGCCGGAGUCUCAAGCACAGACAUCUUCCCACAGCCGGACUUGACUGAUGAUGGGCUCGCCCGGCCUGUGUUGGCUGGAAUCGUAGCUACCAUCUGCUUCUUGGCAGCUGCUAUCCUAUUCAGCACCCUGGCCGCCUGCUUUGUCAACAAGCAGCGCAAGCGUAAGCUCAAGCGCAAAAAAGACCCCCCACUCUCCAUUACUCACUGCAGGAAGAGUCUAGAGUCUCCCUUGUCUUCUGGUAAGGUGAGCCCUGAGAGCAUUCGGACGCUGCGGCCUCCCUCUGAGUCCUCUGAUGACCAAGGCCAGCCAGCUGCCAAAAGGAUGCUGAGCCCCACCCGGGAGAAGGAGCUGUCCCUGUAUAAGAAGACCAAGAGGGCCAUCAGCAGCAAGAAGUACAGUGUGGCCAAGGCAGAGGCCGAAGCUGAGGCCACCACACCCAUAGAGCUUAUCAGCCGAGGCCCCGAUGGCCGCUUUGUCAUGGAUCCCUCUGACAUGGAGCCUUCCAUGAAGAGCCGGCGCAUCGAGGGCUUCCCCUUCGCUGAGGAGACGGACAUGUACCCCGAGUUCCGCCAGUCAGAUGAGGAGAAUGAUGACCCGCUGGUGCCCACGUCCGUGGCCGCCCUGAAGUCCCAGUUGACCCCGCUAUCAUCCAGCCAGGAGUCCUACCUGCCGCCACCAGCAUAUAGUCCUCGCUUCCAGCCUCGUGGGCUAGAGGGUCCCAGGGGAUUAGAGGGCCGGCUACAGGCCACAGGCCAGGCCAGGCCGCCCGCCCCUCGGCCCUUCCACCAUGCCCAGUACUACGGCUACCUGAGCAGCAGCAGCCCCGGCGAGGUGGAGCCCCCACCCUUCUACAUGCCUGAAGUAGGCAGCCCACUGAGCUCCGUCAUGUCUUCCCCACCCCUGCACACUGAGGGGCCUUUCGGCCACCCUACCAUCCCAGAGGAGAAUGGAGAGAAUGCUUCCAAUAGCACGCUGCCCUUGACUCAGACACCCACAGGGGGCCGCUCCCCUGAGCCCUGGGGCCGCCCAGAGUUCUCCUUUGGGGGCUUGGAGACCCCAGCCACCAUGAUGUUCCCCCACCAGCUGCACCCCUGUGAUGUCACCGAGAGCCUGCAGUCCAAGGCCGGCCUCCCCCGGGGGCUGCCCCCCACCUCCCUGCAGGUGCCUGCAGCCUACCCAGGCAUCCUGUCCCUGGAGGCGCCCAAGGGCUGGGUGGGCAAGUCUCCAGGCAGGGGCCCCGGCCCUGCUCCACCCACCGCCAAGUGGCAGGACAGACCCCUACAGCCCCUGGUGAGCCAAGGGCAGCUAAGACAUACCAGCCAAGGUAUGGGCAUACCCGUGUUGCCUUACCCCGAGCCGGCUGAGCCCGGGGGGCACGGGGGCCCCAGCACGUUUGGCCUGGACACCCGGUGGUAUGAACCCCGGCCGCGGCCCAGCCCCCGGCAGGCCAGGCGCGCCGAGCCCAGUUUACAUCAAGUGGUGCUACAGCCCUCCAGGCUCUCACCUCUCACCCAAAGCCCCCUGAGCUCCCGCACUGGCUCUCCUGAGCUGGCCUCCCGCGCCCGGCCACGUCCGGGCCUCCUGCAGCAGGCAGAGAUGUCGGAGAUCACCCUGCAGCCCCCGGCCGCAGUCAGCUUCUCUCGAAAGUCCACACCCUCAUCCACUGGCUCCCCCUCCCAGAGCAGCCGUAGUGGGAGCCCCAGCUACCGGCCCACCAUGGGCUUCACUACACUGGCCACUGGCUACCCCUCCCCGCCGCCACCACCGCCACUACCACCACCAUCGGGGCCACCGGGGGCUUCGGAUACCCUGGAUGUGUUUGGACAGGCCCCCUCCCCUCGCCAGAUGGGGGAGGAGCUGCUUCGGCCAGAACCACCCCCCCCACCGCUACCCCCUUCAGGAACACAUCCACCUGCACCCGGGAACGCUGCUGCACCUGAGAGACUGGAGGCUCUGAAAUACCAACGGAUAAAGAAGCCCAAAAAGUCAUCCAAGGGCUCUUCGAAGUCAAAGAAACGAUCCGACGGUUCUGCCUCCCAGGCUCAGCAGCUUCCAAACUCUGAGGUUCUAUGGCCCGACGAAGCCAUCUGCCUCCGAAAGAAGAAGAGACAUUCUCGGCCCGACCCCUUUGCCCGGCUCUCAGACCUAUACCACCGACAACUUCCAGAAGACCAGACGGCAAUUCUCAACAGUAUGGACCAGGAUGACCCCGGCCACGCCACUCUGCUGUGACACCACACAACUAAGUGUUCCCUAGUGCCAACAUGCUGGGCUGGGGUGGGGAGACAGUGAGGGGCACAGGACAAAAGGUGUGUAUGGGCCAUAGAUCUCAGAUCUUUGCUCUGUUGUUCCCUUCCCCACCAGCAUGGAGUCUACUUCAAGUCUUGACCCACUGGUUUUGUUCCUUGGCCAGAGGGCUGGGGGCAGAUGCUUGGCUGUGGGGAAAUAUCUGGAAGUGAAUGGGGCACAGGAGAGCUCUUCUUCCUCCCUGCCUCUCUCCCCUGAGCUAGAUUGAUUUUCCUCACUGCUUAAAAUGCCCCUGGCCAUGCAGACAAGGAAAGCAAUGGCUUUUACUGCUCUCUGCUUCAGUUUGUUUUUCAAAUCUUGGAAGAGGGUUAACCUUCCACCCUGUCUUCCAGACUACAUACAUAUAUAGAGAUAGCUAUAGAUACAAAUGUAUAUGUAUGUAGUUUGUGGGUUUCUCUCUCUCUCUGUGUAGUAUAUAUGUACAUUGAAGCAAAGUGCAAUUGAUUUCUGUAACCAGUGAAGAGGAGGGAGAGGACAGCUGUGGGGCUGAUACCCAGGAGCCUGUUUGUUUUGGGUUUUGUUCAUCCUGAAGCAGAUUCUUGCCUUCUCAGCUGAAUUCACCCUUUGUCUCCAUGCUUUCUUCCUUGCAGAGCAGAAAUGGGGUUCGCUGUGAUUACCAGCUGCCUGCUUUGGGGGGUUCAGUGGUGAGCUACCAUAGAGCUAAACCCAUGCCUUUACUUCUCAGUUCCUGGGGGAUCAAAUGGUACCCAGGCAGAGGGCCAGCUGGGCAUUUUUCCUUCUGCUAGCACUUGGCUCAGGCUUCAGAAGUAGAAGCUGCUUAGUGGCAGGGCUGGGAGGCAGCCCCCCAUUCUGCCCCAUGCACAAGGCUGAGCUCCUCCUCAGCCCCUUCUGGUCCAGCCUGGGGCCAGCAACCCUGGGCCAAAGGCCCUCCCAUUCUGGAACCAUCUGUGCUGAGCACUGAGCUGCUUGGCUCUAUUUAUAUCUGCCUCUGACUUGGCACCCUCUGGAGCGCUGUUCCAAAGUCGUUGAUUGGAUCCCUCCUUUCCUUUUGUAGGAGCUAAUUCCUCAGAUUGAUUAAUUGCCACUUGUGGGGAGCCUGCCUGCUGACUCCUCUUUGCCCAGGGUCCUCCUCCACCCUGGGGACCCGAGCUCCAAUGUGAUAGGGGUAAAUGAAGCCAGGGUGCUUCUGAUUUCUGGGGUGCUCUGCCCCACCCCACCCCAGUCUUUGUCCAGUUCUGUUGAUUAUGGAACUGGUUUGGAGUGGUGAGUGGCAGGUAGGCGUCUAAGCUCUGAUCAUUUUUCUGCCAAAAUCUUGUCCUCCUUCCAACUGUUAGCACCCAGAAACUUCUGUGAGGUCAACUUACAGCCACUCUUGCUUCCAAUAAGAUAAUGGUGCUGGCCAAGGGUGGGGCAGGAGGCCAGAGGUGGACAGAGCUUGUGGCUGCUAUCUCCCAGCUCUUCCUGUCCAGGAGCCUGCCUUCUUGCUCCUACACUGAAGGUGGCUAUUGGAUUCCUUGAAGUAUUUCCUUCUUGGUGCUGCUGUCUUAGUGGGUGGGUGCAGGAGCCUCCAUCUCUCCACUACCACGUGCUUGGACAUUAGCCAAGUCAAAGCUCUGGAGGCUUCCAGCAGCCUCAUUGCAGUUGCCAAUAGCUCAGCCUAAUGACCUCGGCAAAAUGCAUCCCUGGGAGCCAGGAGUUGGCCAUUCCUUGGGAGCUUCCGUCUUCUCUGCCACACGGGCCUCGGUGCUUCCUUUCUCUCGCCUAGCGAGUGGGGACCAACUCCACUCUCGGGCAUCUGCCACACCAUUCCCAUGACCACGCUUACUUCCUGAACAUGACAGGUCCAGACAGAAGAGUGGGCAAGGCAGAGUCCUGCUUCUCAUCUUGUGGAUGCCCCCCUCCCCACACCCCUGGGCAUGGCACCUUGCCUCCUGGAAGUGGAUCUGGACUUUCUGGUGAACAUACUUCCCUGGGCAUCCAAACCCACUUUACCACCAUGCAGGCAGGAUCUUCGCCAGACAGAUGAGAGGAAGUGUGUUCCCUCUGUCCUCUUGCCUGAGGCAGCACUACCUCUGCCACUGUGCCCCGUAAGUGACUUUCUGCAAACCUCUCUUGUGGUAUGUGGGGCUGGCAGUGGGGUGUCCUGGGAGCCUCUGCCUUUCUGUGACUCACACACGUUGCUUCUCCACCAGAGUGUGGCUGGGAUGUGAAUGUGUAACGUCAGGCUGCAGGCCUCAUCCACUGAGGCCUGUGCUGGGUGUUUAGGCCCAGAGGUCCCACAGGGAAGGUAGACGUGGUAUAAAACUGUUUCCCUGAGCCGUCACGGGGGCCCGAGGGCCACUCAGGGCUUCAGUGUCCUCUAGGCCAGCAGUGAUCUGUCUUCAGUGCUCACACAGGUGCUGACUGGUCUUUCCACUGGCCAUGCCCCUUACCUCAGCACUUCAGACCAAAUGGUGGCAGCAGUGCUUCCAGCUGGCAGCCAUAUUGAAGCAGCUCCAAGCCUGGGGAAAAGGGACAUGGGCCAUCCUGGCUCUCAGUUGUCCCAUCUCCUCUGUAGAGGGCUUCCUUCUUAUGACUGUGUCUGUGGAGGCCUGAGGCCUCCCUGCUCCCCAAGAGCUAGUCCAGUCCUUCCUUUAAGGCUUUCUGUGGCCAGUGGCAGAAAAUGGUCCCCUGCCUUCACAUGGCAGAGGGUAAAACCGUCUUGGGCACGUGUGUCAGAGCUGGCUCUGUGCCCUGGGGGAGGGUGUUGGUAUGAAUGUGUGCUGAUGGGGGUGCAGCCAUUUCAAGGGAGCACACACCCUUAGUGCUCUGCCCUUGAACCAUAUAGUGAGGGCAGUUCUGCCUCCUCGGCCUGAGAAGAUUUGUCUCUUCCUAACUAACAUUCCGUCUCCUGGUCUGGUCAUCUUUGCAGUAGAAGUUUCUUGUGUGAAAAUUAUUCAGCGAGUGAUGAGGGAGUAUCUCAAACUUUUGACUGCCCCUCCAUUCUGCAUGUUAACUGGAAAGCUGUCCCAGAGUUAGAUGACAAAAAGAAGGCAAAAUGGUUCUUGAAGAUGCCAGUAACUGAAUGCACCUGGUUGGGGGUGUGGGUCCAAGACUUUCUUGUUUGGGGGGGGGCAUUGAGCAAUAAGAAGGCAAGUCUUACAUUCUGCCUAUUUCCAGAGGUGUCAAGUCUGUCUGUGCCCCCUUUGAAGAGAGCCCUGUGUGUCAUGUUUAUGCUCUGGAAGAGGGGUCUCUCAUAGGGGUAAAAAUUUUCACUGUUCUCUGGCUUGACUUUUCAUUCAGGCUCUAAACUUCUUGAGGUUGCACUCUUCCCAUGCAGAGGAAACUGGUGAGUGUUCAGAGGUAGAUUUCUGGACAAGUGUCUUGUUGGUUUGUUUGUUUCUUCCCUCCCCCUCCCAUAAAAGGUGACAACAGUUGAGUCAGGGAAGAAACAGACUUCACAGAGCAUCAGGUGACACCACUCCCCAGGAUUAGCACCCAGGACUGAGGUAUAUGUGGCUGGAGCUGUUCUAAUCUUAUCAGCAAGAGCCUUUUAGGGGGUUGGGGUGGGGGAGAAUUGUACAUAAAUCCCAUUUUAUUACUAUGUAGAAAAACAUUAGAAAAGCUAAUCUUUAGUCUCAAGCUUGCUUUGCUUGCAUGUACAGAAGCACUGGGGGCUUUGCGGACACCGUUGGGGAGCAGUAGGAGGAAUGAAGGAGUUUCUUCUCUGAGUAUAUCCUGGUCGCUGCCCCACCGUGGGUCUCACUGGUCCUCUGGGCCCAACUCUGCCUUUCUAUCUAGCUUCUCUCUCAGAAGGAAGGCUCCCAGCCCCACACUCUGGGCAGAGGUUCCCAGAAGGUUUGUGAUGGUCCAGAUUUAAACUAAGAAAAGUGAUUGAUGGGUGUUUCAGAAAGGGGGCUGGGUUAGCAGCGGAGCCUAGAAAGCCUGCCGAGUCCUUUUUCCAGGUGUCUCCAAGGCCAGAAGCAGCACUGAAAAGCCAGCUGAGUCUGGAGCAGAAGGCAAAGAUCCUGGCAUGUGACAGUAAGACCCAAGCCAGGGGGGACAUCAGCCUUACCUUCCUCUUUGGGGUGCAUUAUAUACAAGUCGCAGAUCAUCUCAAGAAGAAAGGUGUGAUUAUCCUGGAGUUGGGGCAAGCCUGGGAAGGUGAUAUCAUCACAGAGAAAAAACAGGGAAACUGGGGUGUUGAAGGGAAGAGUCUUGGCACAGGUCCAGACUGUAUCUUUUAAGAGGUCUUGAAGCUUUCUUUGACCUAGCUUCUUCUAGAAUCAGCCAACUACACAAAGUACCCAAAUCAAAUAAAGACAUACUGUUUAUGAGGUAGUUCAACUUUGCUUUUUUUUUUUUUUUUUUUUUUUUUGAGGCAGGGAGGCCUCAGACCCAAAGCUAGGAGACUUGUCCUGAAAGCUCCCUCCUUUCACCAGUGGAGAAGGAAGAUUCGUCCUCAUGUACUUCACCCGAGUGUUAAUCAUGGCGGCUGGCCUUGCCUUUCUCUUCCAUUAUCUCUUCAUUAUCUCAAGAUGCUGCAGCUGGUGAUGGGGAAAGGGGACUGGGCUUUGGAUUUUGUACUUCUUACCCUUUCUUCCUGGGGUAUACAGGGUUCCUUUAGGCUGUGAAGCUCCACAGUGGCUUUCUACCUAGAGAUUUUGUCCUCUCUGUUCUGUUGACCGUUAAAGCCUCCAGUCUGGCUGGGCAGAAGAGGCUGAAAGAAUUUCACCCUGACAUCAGAAAGCAGUCAUUCCUCUAUCCUCUUUGAUGUCUUCAUUGCCGCCUCUUCAGAUCAAGAAACCAUAUCAAAAAUCUCUUCUUUAGAAGAAGUCACUAAACCCAGGAUCAAAGCCCAGACUUGUCAUUAGUGCUCUCAGCAACUUGCUGUUUGCUUAGGGGUGCCAUUUGUCCCCUAAUCCACAGUGAAUCCUUAGUGGUUCAGUGCUCACUUUCUGGACCCUUUGUCUAUACUUUCAAGUAAAUCUUUUGCGAGCAAAUAGAAUAUCCCCCACUGGAUAUUUUCUAUGUUGGACUGCUGGAAGGAUAGAGUGUUUUCAUGACCUCAUUCCAAGCUAAUGCCUAAAACACUGAGUCUGAUCCAAAGACACCUCCCCCCCAGCCCCAAUGGUUUUUGUGUAGGAUAAAAAAAAUCAUGCCUGAGAGAAAAUGUUGAUGGGGGUGGGAGGAAUCACCCCUUAUAGGAAAGAGAGUGAAGCAUCUUAAUUGCUAAAUGCUUUGCUCAUGUGGCAACUCAUACUCAAAAGCAUUGGAUAUACUUUUUGAUAGAUUUGUAUGUAGUAGGAGUUCAACUUUCUCAAGAGGCCUGAUGAAUUACUGAGCUAUGGACCACUGGAUGGGAUAGCUAGACUGGAGAUCAGAAGUGGCAUGAAUCCUCAGUUCCUGUCUUCUGUCCUUUGGCUGGUCCCUUUGCCAGUUGCCUUUCUCAUCCCACUGGGUGGGCUCAUGGGUGGCUGUUGGGCCUGUUAGCUUUUGGAUCUUAAAGAAAUGUGCUCUACCAACCCCAGCUCUCCCUGAAGCUGUCUUCUUGAAUUGAUUUUUUUAGGAACUAAGGCAAACUCUCCCCCCUGCCAUACAUAUGCCCACCAGUCUGGUUCCUUUUCCCUCUUAUCCCACUUCUUUAUGGUUCCAGGGAUCUUGAACUUGUGUGUGGUUUAAGAUAGGGAGGUGGUUGGGUGAGGAAGGGAGAAAGGUUGGGUGAGACGGUGGGGAGAAUUUGCAUUUUCAGCCGUAGGAAUACUGCAAGCAUGCUUUGAGGCAACGUGCAGGGUGUUCAUUGAAACGAUGGAAAGGGCAGAGGCCAGUGCUCUCUUCAUAUUGGUGGUAAGAACUUAAGGCUCUGUGCUUCCUUGUGGCAUAGGGAAUCUAGGAUGCCUUAUUUGUAGUGGAGAGGAAUUGACUGGCCCAUCAUGCAAAAUCCUUGAAAGGAAUGUUGUUGAUAUCUCUACCAAACAGAUAUUUCUAUUGCCUACUCUGAACAAGGAGAGGUCUGUCCUGAGUAGACAGUGUCCUGGUCAGGUCAGAGACAUGGGAUCAUCUCACCUGUCCUUCUGCUGUGACCAGUCUUCUCUCAUCCUGAGGCAGCUGUCUACUCUGUGUUCCUUUCCUGAAUAUAGGAAAUGCAAGUGUGUGUGUGUGUGUGUGUGUGUGUGUGUGUGUGUGUGUGUUGGGUACUAACAUGAUGUGUGAUCUGUUUGUGGUGUUUGGCUGUUUGUGUAUAUUGUGGGGUGUGUGUAUGUGUGUGUAUGUGAUUUGUAGGGACACACUGAUCUGCCUGAGUAACAUCAGUAGGAGACCUUCUUUGGUUGACUCCUUUGCUAGGCAACUUCUGUUUUGGUAAGAGGGUGCAAUUAGUACUAUACCAUGCUUAGUGUCUUUUUUAAUGGAGAUUGUAUAUAGAAUAUAUAAAUAUAUAUAAUUUGCUCUAUUUUAAGGAGA